AUGCAUAAGAAAAAUAUAGAGGUAGUGCAAGGUGUUGAUGUCUAUCCUGUUGUGCAACAAAUGCUUAUUCAUCAAUGGAAAGUGCUUAAGGAUGAAACAACUACUGCUUCAUCUGCAACCUCAAAUGCUGCUAGUUUUGUGCCACCCCCUUCGUCAACACCUCAGCCUCCUGCUUCGACUUCCAGACAGGGAGAUUCCAAUCCUGUGCAAGUGCCUGCUGUAACUCGAACCAUCAAGAAUCUUCUUUUUCGGCAACAGAACACCACAUCUUUAACUUCUCAACACAACUUCCUCAUCGCCGACUUCAAUAAAUUCUGCAAUCUCACUGUAUCUUCCUCAAUAAUCAACAAUUUUGCCUUCCUCUCAGCUUCACCUAAUCAUAACAUCAACAUCAAAUUGGCAACCGCAUUACACGCUCCAUUCAAUACUUCUUCAUAUGCGUUCUUCAUCGCAAGAACGUGA